AUGCGUAUCCGCGUCUGCAAUGCCAUCAACAACCUCUUGCUCAGUGUGUCGUGGGAGGUGCUGGGUGAAGAGGUGGUGCCCCAGAUUUUCCGCAACCUGAGCGCGCUGUACGGAAACCUGAACCGUGAAGUUGAGGCUGCUUCUGCCGCCCCGACCGACUUUUCGCUCGAGAGCAGCGCUGCGAACGACAUCGAGGUCGCUGUGACUGCCGCCAUGCUGUCUGCUCUGCGUCGCAGCACCGCUGAGAACCGUCAGCUGGCUGUUAGCGCCGAGGACGCCCAGCUCAUCCUCAACUGCGCUGCCCAGGGACGUUCUCCUGAAUCUCGCCUGAACGCUAUCGGCAUGAUCGGCUGCGUGGGCAAGCGCUGCUCCAGUGCGGCUGAGAAGGAGGCUGUGGGCCGAGCUCUGGUGUCUCGGCUGGAUGACUCGAGCCUGGAGGUCGUGGCUGAGACUUUGAACGCCAUCUUUGACGUGUACGAUGACGAGGAGUUCGACAACACGUUCUGCGCGCUCAACUUCCUCUCCGCACUAGAGCGCACGUCCAGCGCACUGAAGGCCAAGUUGAAGGCAGAGCAGAAGCAGCUAGACCGCGCUCUCGUGGCCCACGUGAAGGAGACCCGCCUGAACCUGCUGCGCUUCAUCAAGUACAAGAAGAAGCACCUGUAACUACGCCAGUAAGCUUGAUUUUUGUUU